UUAACAACAUGCAGCCAUAAUGUAGAGUUUAAGAAGGUUGGAGGUGCUCCACCUGAUCUACUGUUGUUGAACAAGGCAGGAGAAGUCAUCAAGCGAAUUGACCUCAGCAAAUACAAUAGGGAAGAGUGCAAUCAGCUUUUAAUAGACUUGGGCUUCUAUAAAAAAUCUGACAAGGAUGAAGAUGUUCCUGAAGAGUUUUUAGAAGGCCCAUAUAAAUUGCCUAAAGAGGAGUUAUAGAAAGAUUAAAAAAAAAAAAGCUGUGCAAAUACAAAAGAGACUUUUACAAUACCUAUUUUUAAGGAGUGGUUCAAUCUAAUCAGAGCUUCAUAGUCAUUUUGAAUUUUCUAUUUUUAAGAAAAAUUUUUAAGGUCCAGAAUUACAAAUUACAAAUUACUGCUCAUAGUGCAUAUCCUGUUAUUUUUACUAUCAGCAGGUUAUCUUAGUAAGGUCAGUUUAGCAUGACUAGCCAUGCAUGAUGUAGAAAUCUUUUCCUGAUAUACUGAUAAUGACUACAUUAUGGGUGAAUAAUUGGAUCCCAGAAUUGUCUAGUUUUUUAUAUUCUAAUUAAAAUGCUUGGCAAAUAACUUUUUGGACAGUGCUUUGGAAGUGGAGGAAAAAGUUGCAUAAAUGUAUUUUCAACGUUCUUUCUUCAGACACGGUGCUGCAGGCAGUAGGUUUUACAUUAUUGAUAAGAUGCAGUCGGAAUAAAAAAUGUCCUAUAUUGAAUGUGUACAGCAAAAAAAAAAAAAAAA